GAACCCGGAUGGUUAAUCUGGAGGUCAACUUUCACAUAAUCACCACUAAUCCUUAUAUUUGUUGCAAGCAGUUCGGUUCCGCGCUUCAGAUAUACUCAACGUGAUUGAGUUUUGUGUCCAUCUCUACUAAAGAUUUCCCGAUUCAGUCAGGUAAGGUCAUGCAUGAAUGAUGCUGGAAAUCCCGCUGCCAGCCUCUACGAUAGUCGCGCAUGCCUCAGAUAAUUCGGCGUCACUCUUUUUACAGGCUCCCGUCGAAUACUAAGGACUAAUAGCUUUUAAAUAGCUUCCGUCUCUACCAGAAGCCCAUAGCGCAUACGGCACACCCUCCAUCUAAACCGUCAUCCGAAGCAAUGCCGGAAUCAGCCCCCGCUGGAUCGAAGCCCAGCAGCAGCGUCAAGCUGGUCUUGCUCGGAGAAGCUGCCGUUGGAAAGUCAUCGCUAGUCUUGCGAUUCGUGAACAAUGAUUUCCAAGAGAACAAGGAACCGACGAUAGGCGCCGCCUUCUUGACACAAAAAUGCUCUCUUCCAACCCGAAUGAUCAAGUUCGAAAUAUGGGAUACCGCCGGACAAGAACGAUUCGCUUCUCUUGCCCCAAUGUACUACCGAAAUGCCCAGGCCGCACUGGUCGUAUAUGAUCUCACAAAGCCCGCAUCGCUAGUCAAGGCAAAACACUGGGUAGCAGAACUUCAGCGACAAGCUAGCCCUGGCAUCGUUAUUGCAUUAGUCGGAAACAAGCUGGAUUUGACUGAUUCAGGCGCUGGUCAAGCGAACGAAGAUGCUGCAGAGGCCGAGAAUAAUGGUGUGCCGGGUCCCGAUGCUGAGGGCGAUGAGGAGGUUGAAAACAAUGAUAUUUCCACCACGACGGAUGCGCGAAAAAUUUCUACUAGGGAAGCAAGCACUUAUGCUGAGGAGGAAGGCCUCCUGUUCUUUGAGACUAGUGCCAAAACGGGCUACAAUGUCGCUGAAGUUUUCACGGCCAUUGCCAACGCUAUCCCAGAGACGAGCUUGAAAGGCGCCAAAUCUGGACCCGGAGGUGGUCAAACGAAUCUCGGAGGCGGUCGUUCAGGCGAUGAUUCCUCUAGGGUCAACUUGGGUGACCGUGCAGUUGCUACGCCAAAGGAUGGCUGCGCAUGUUGAGAUUUGUUUUCGAUGCUUACGACCAAACUUGUUUCUUUGUCUAUCUUCAUACCACUCUUUUUACCGUGUCGCUCGCUUGCUUGGCCCUUUUGAUUGUCUCGUGGGCGUACAACUAUUUGGAAUGUGCUAUUGAUAUCGUCCGAGUCCGUUCUGUUACUAUUAUUACUGAUUAUUCUUAUUUGAGCCUCUGCCACGCAUACUGUCUAUAGUCUAGUUUGACUGGUUUACCAGCGUCCACCAAUUAUCAUCAUUAAAGUGUCCAUCGAAUUCAUCGGAGUUGAUUCAGU